CAAAAACCCCUUCCUUCCACGAGGGCAUAAAGAAAAAUCAAAGACCCAAUCUUUCUUUCACUUCCCAAUCUCUAGAUGACAAUCCUUCUCCAGUUUUCCUAACGAUACAAUUAUUUUUUUAGAUCGAAUACCAAAAAAAAGGAUCAAUCUUUUUUUCUUUUCUUAUGAACAACACUCUGUUAUAAUGGCAGAGAAUCUAGAACUGAGUCUUUUAUGUACAGAGACCAACGUGUUGGUCGAUGGUGGUGAAGAGAAGGGCAUAGUUGUUGAUAAAACUCCGAUUGAAAUUUCGAUUUCUCAGAUGGGUUUUUUUCAAUCGGAGAGUGAGGAGAUUGUCAGCGAGAUGGUGGAGAAGGAGAAGCAACAUUUGCCAAGUGAUGAUUACAUCAAGAGACUCAGAAGUGGAGAUUUGGAUUUGAAUGUCAGAAGAAGAGAAGCCCUCAAUUGGAUUUGGAAGGCUUGUGAAGAACACCAGUUUGGACCAUUGUGUUUUUGCUUAUCUGUGAACUACUUGGAUCGUUUCUUAUCGGUUCAUGAUUUGCCUAGUGGCAAAGUUUGGAUAUUGCAGCUGUUGGCUGUGGCUUGUUUAUCAUUGGCAGCUAAAAUUGAAGAAACUGAAGUCCCUAUGUUAAUAGAUCUUCAGGUUGGAGAUCCUCAGUUUGUGUUUGAGGCUAAAUCAGUGCAAAGAAUGGAACUUUUGGUGUUGAACAGAUUGAAAUGGAGACUAAGAGCAAUAACUCCAUGCUCAUACAUAAGAUACUUCUUGAGAAAGAUGAGCAAAUGUGACCAAGAACCAUCCAUCACAUUGAUAUCCAGAUCACUACAAGUGAUAGCCAGCACAACCAAAGGUGAAAAAGGUAUUGACUUUUUGGAGUUUAGACCUUCUGAAGUUGCUGCUGCUGUGGCACUUUCUGUUUCUGGAGAAUUGCACACAGUACACUUUGACAACUCUUCCUUCUCUCCUCUUUUCUCACUACUUCAAAAGGAGAGAGUGAAGAAGAUUAGGGAAAUGAUAGAGAGUGAUGGCUCAGGCUUAUGCUCACAAACACCCAAUGGGGUAUUAGAAGUAUCAGCUUGUUGUUUCAGCUUUAAGACUCAAGAUUCUUCAUCUUCUCAUACACACCUUUCUUAAAAUUUUGUGUUUUUCUUUCUUUUGAUCAUUAUAUUAUUAUGAUG